GAAAAUGACGCUCUGCUGGCUCUGCAGCGCCUUAAUGUUUCAAGUUUGUUGCAUGAGUUCGUUUGGUUCCUCAGACAAACCGUGGAGGAACAUCCGAGAAAAGAUUUCUGAUGCCGUUCGAGGGUACGCGCCGUGCAGUUCUGCCAACUGCAGCUGCCAUCUUGGCGUCCUUCAGCGUGACCUGGAGCCGUUUAGAGGAGGAGUUUCUGCCGACCUCAUGGCCUCGGCGGUUCAGAGGGGGGUGGGCACCCACUACCAGAUUAUUGGACACAAGCUGUACAGAGAGAGCAGCUGCAUGUUUCCUGCCAGGUGCAGCGGAGUGGAGCAUUUCAUCCUGGAGUUGAUCGACCGCCUACCAGACGUGGAGUUGGUGGUGAACGUGAGGGAUUACCCUCAAGUCCCCAACUGGGUGCAGCCGACUCUGCCCGUCUUCUCCUUCAGUAAGACCUCAGAAUACCAGGACAUCAUGUACCCAGCGUGGACAUUUUGGGAGGGUGGGCCUGCCGUGUGGCCCAUAUACCCCACUGGACUGGGAAGAUGGGAUCUGAUGAGGGACGAGCUGAAAAAGUCUGCAGCUCGGUGGCCCUGGAAGAAGAAAGAGUCCAAAGGGUUCUUCAGAGGCUCCAGAACCAGCCCGGAGCGCGACCCGCUCAUCCUCCUGUCCAGAGAAGCUCCUGAGCUGGUGGACGCAGAGUACACCAAGAACCAGGCCUGGAAGUCUGAAAAGGACACACUUGGGAGGCCCCCGGCUAAAGAAAUCCCUCUAGUAGAUCACUGCAAAUGGAAGUACUUGUUCAACUUCCGGGGCGUGGCGGCGAGCUUCCGCCUCAAACAUCUCUUCCUCUGCGGCUCGCUGGUGUUUCACGUUGGCGACGAGUGGCAGGAGUUUUUCUACCCCCAGCUGAGACCCUGGGUCCACUACAUCCCGGUCAAACAGGACCUGUCCGACGUCAGGGAGCUUUUACGAUUCGUCCAAGAGAACGACGAGGCCGCUCAGGAGAUCGCCACGAGGGGUCAGGAGUUCAUCCUCAACCACCUACGGAUGGAAGAUGUCACCUGCUACUGGGAGAGACUCCUCACCGAGUUCAGCCAGCUUCUCACCUACAAACCCAGCAGGAAGUCCAGCUACAAACAGAUGGUCCAGAAACCCAGCAGAACCGAGCUGUAG